UGAGUUAGUUAAACAAAUUUCACAAAACUAGAAUUUUGCAGUGGUCUUGAGUUUUUGGUUAUUAUUUCGAUAAAUAAUUGUAUUCAUUUUGAGAAUUUUAGCCGUGAACGGGCACCGGAUUUCGGUGAUUGUUCACAGCACAAAUUCUUUUUGUUUUUUAAUCAAGUUAACUGAACUGUGCCCAUAUCAUGAAUUUCUCCCUGUCCUCUAAUAUAUUAGUGACGUGUUCAUAUUAGGGAACCUAAUCUGGAACAAGAAAUGUGUUAAAUUAUACAGAGUGCCAAGAUUGCAAAUGCCAUCUGUUGACUGACAAAUAAAACAAACCAUGGAUGGUAAAGUAAAAUGAACGUCAUGGAAAUGAAUGGACAAAAUAAACACAUUUUAAUGGAUAUGUGAAGAUGACAAUACAUCUUCGUAAUAACCUACCAACAUAAUUAAUGAAUCAUGUUGGCCCUGAGACUUAACAGAUGUCCACAGGGAGGGAAAUAUUUCCAGCAAAAGUCUUCAGAUCUAAAGUUUCAGAGAACUAUCAAAAUUUUCAGUUGAGGGAAAGUUGAUUUUAUGGCUCACCGAAAUAAUGACGGCCGCAGGGGAAAAUCGUUCGAGACAUUCAGAACUGAAGAAGUAAAAAAUACGAAACAUAAGAAAAGAUAUUACACAGGGGGCUAUUCCAGAAUGAAAGACUCUGCUGAGUCAAGGACACCACCACUCCCCACCAGCAUGCCCACCAUGCCAACCAUGGAGGAACUCAUCAAACAGAGGGAAAUAUUACAAGAAGAAAUAAAUAAAAUAUCAAAAAAUACUGCAGAACAUUCUAAAAACAAUAAAUCUAGAACAUAUGACAAGAAACCAAGAAAUACUGAAAAUUUUAGAGAACCUCAUAAAAAACGUAAAAGUGAAAGUCAAGACAAUGAGUUGAAGGUUGAAGGUAAAAAACAACGUAAGCUUGUUGAUAGUCCUCCUCAUAAUUAUGAUGAGAAUUCAGAAGAUGAGGAAAAUAUUAUAGAAAUCAGAAGAAGACAACGGAAACAACUAUUAGAAAAACUAAAAUCUGCACAUAAAGAUCAUGCAGAAAACGUAGCUCAAAAUAUUAUUACAUCUCAUAAAACUUUCAAUGAUAAUAACGAAAAUGAUCAGGAAGCCAUCAUAAGACCAGUUAAUAAAACUACUAACACUGAUGUAACCAAAAAAUCGACUGACAUGUUUGCGUCAACCGACAUGUUUGCCGAUGUAGAUACUUUUACACCUGAUAAUGUGCCCGCGGGCGUGACCAAAGAUAACAACAAUGACAAUCCUCAGCUGACCGCUAACUGGGACGACCCUGAUGGCUACUACAAUAUUAGAAUUGGUGACGUGUUGAAUAACAGAUAUACUAUCAAAGAUACUUAUGGACAGGGCGUUUUUGCCAACGUAGUGCGCGCUCAAGACAAUACUGCCGCAAAUACUGACGUAGCCGUAAAGAUAACAAGAAAUAACGAUCUCAUGAGGAAAACUGCUUUAAAAGAAAUUGCUUUCUUAAAAGAAGUAAAUGACGCAGACCCCGAUGAUAAAUAUCACUGCGUAAAGCUGUUGCGCCAUUUUGUGCAUAAAAGUCAUUUGUGUCUAGUAUUAGAGCCUCUACACAUGGAUAUGCGCGGCGUUAUUAAGAAGUAUGGUAGACAUGGAUUAAACUUGAAAGCGUUGGUGAGCUACAGCAGACAGCUUCUCCUAGCGCUGAGACAUCUAAAGAAGCUUGAUAUCAUCCACGCCGACAUAAAACCAGAUAAUAUCUUGGUAAACGAGAAGAAAAAUAUCUUGAAGCUGUGCGAUUUCGGCUCGGCGGGUAAAGUUCACGAUACCGAACCCACGCCUUACCUAGUGUCUAGGUUUUACAGAGCCCCAGAAAUCAUAUUGGGUUUGCCGUACUCACACGGGGUUGACAUGUGGUCAACGGCGUGCACGAUUUACGAAAUGGCGGUAGGAAAAAUACUCUUCACAGGCGGCUCGAACAACAAAAUGUUGAAAUGCUUCAUGGACAUCAAAGGGAGAAUACCAAACAAGAUGGCGAGAAAAGGCAAAUUUAAAGACCAGCACUUUAACUACAACCAUAAUUUCCUCCUUCACAAAAAAGAUGAAGUUACGGGCAGAGAAAAGGUAGUAGAAUACAGCAACAUCAAAGUAACUCGAGAUUUGGGGAAAGAACUUGGAAGGUCGAUAAAUGCUGAAAGAAAAGCUACCCAACUCAGAGAAUUGCUAGACAAAAUGCUUACCUUGGACUCUGCUCUAAGGAUAUCCCCCACAGAUGCCUUAAAACAUAUUUUUAUCAGAGAAGAAGUGGAAAAAUAACGGCUAAAAACGAAAUAAAUGCAGGAAUUUAACAAA